AUGCAACCUUUUCGCACAAACAAAGUAUCGACCAUCUCCGGAGACCCUCAGAGUAUCAUCAAUACCAAUCAGGAUAGUUCAGACGAGGGUCACCAGAAUGGAAACAUGCAAUUCAACCGGACCACUUAUCCCAACGCCGGAGCUUUCCAACACCUUCCAGUUCGGCGAACUCUAAGCGGAGCCCCAGCCCAGGAACAUCCAAAUGCCUACACGAUCUUCCUGCGCGACCUUCCAGCACACUGCUAUAUUUUGCCGCCCGUACCGCUGAACUUCACCAUGGUGGAGCUGAUCGUCUUGCUACCUAACUGGUUCAAGAACAAAUCUGUCGUAACGCGGUUCAUGAACAAUAACCUCACGGCGGCAAUUCACUUCAUGAUCCUAGAAGAACAUCGAUAUCUCCAGUUUCCUACCGGAAAGGAGAAGGAAAAGGCAAGGAAGACCAUCGCGGAUGAGUACCGCCGUGCAAUGCGCAAAAUGAUUCCAUCGUGGACAAAGGUAGGGCACACAGUGCCGUUUGGCUGGGAUCCCAACUCACUAGCCAUGGAUGGGUUUGUUCCAGAUGAUGUGGAAAUGCCCGGGUAUCGCAGGCCAGCGUCCAUCCCCUUCCGUGAUCUGACAAUGGGGGUUCAGAAGAUCCCAGAAGGUCCCCACGCAGGCGAUCUCACCAGUGCUUUGCAGUUUGCACUGCAGCGCCCCGAGAUUUACAUGUUCCCGGAAGACUUGCCAGUGAUCUUGAAUCAUAUUGGUCCAACCAAGAUUACAAUAGCACAUACAGAUAGGGCGAUUGUUCGACACUACGACGAGAUCAAGCGUGAGGGCGAUCAUGCCAAGAAAUAUCCCUCUCGACACAACGGUCUUCGUCCAACUGCAGAGGAACUUGUUGCCCGUCUCUCUCCACAUGAGACUUUUGAACGCGAGAAAAUGCACACGGUGGUGCAAGCUUUGCGUCAAGGCGGUCGACCUGCAGCUACAGAGUCUCCUGAAGUAUACGAUCCGCCAUUCAUGUUCCAGCGGAGUGGGUUCAAUGUUGCCGGAAUGCUGCCACGGAACCAGAAGUCGGUUGUGCUUGCACAGACUCAGCCAAACCUAGCGCACGAAGUUGAUGAGCUCUUUCGUCUGCCAGCACAAGUCGAAACAGAUGCAGUCGCUUAUCAAACAGUCGAGAAGUCGCCAAUCGUUGGGGUGGAGCGAUCUAGCGAGGCGACAAUGGAUGCUUUACUGCGACCGUAUCAGGGUACACAUGAUAGCCGCACGCUUAAGCUAACCGCAGGCCGACCUUACGCUCCCAGUCAACUUCUUCGUCACUGUGUUGAAGGUAACAUCGGUUUCGAUGGAAGUUUCUUUGCUCAGGCUGCUCGGUACGCUCAGCGAUUGGAUCAGAUCGGUACACACUGGUGUGUCGAGCAUGUGCCUUGGCUUGCUCAGAUACUCAGUGCUGCUCAGCUUGAAGAUAGAGUUGACCUCUGA